AAUGAAUCGGCAACCUAAAUCAGGCAAUCUCAAGAGCUCCGCACUAUAAUGGCUGCCCCCGUCUCGUCUGCCGCACUUAGCUACGCCAUCCUCCGCCGGCAGCCGUCGCCGAUCUGUAGUUUUUCGGCGACUUUCUUGCUUCCUUUGUCAUCGGCAACGCUAGAUCAGUCGAGGAGGGUUUCUCUCUCCUCCGUCUGGCCGAGUCAACUCCGAUCUCGUCGCAGGUCGUUGUCCUCGCUUCCUGCUAUGGCUUCCGAAAAAGCUCUUGGUUCGAAGGGGAAGCAAGGCUUGAUGGUCUUCGACACCGAGGAGGAGCUCUCCGCAUCGCUUGCGAAAUAUACGGCGGAGCUGUCGGAGAAGUUCAUCCGCGAGAGGGGUGCCUUCACUGUUGUCGUAUCCGGUGGAUCACUCAUCAAAUCCCUCAGGAAAUUGACGGAAUCUCCUUAUUUGGAAACGAUCGACUGGGCAAAAUGGCACACUUUCUGGGUGGAUGAGAGAGUGGUCCCAAAGGAUCACGAAGAUAGCAACUAUAAACUUGCAUUUGAUGGAUUUUUGUCUAAGGUCCCAAUUCCACCUGAUCAAGUCUGUGCUAUCAAUGAUGCCUUAUCAGCCCCAGGUGCAGCUGAAGACUAUGAGACUGCUUUGAAGCAUCUAGUCAACAUUGGUGUGGUUGUCAAAUCAGCAUCUGGUUAUCCAAGAUUCGAUCUCAUGUUAUUAGGAAUGGGACCAGAUGGUCAUAUUGCUUCUCUCUUUCCCAACCACCCUCUCCUUAAUGUGACAGAUAAGUGGGUUACCUUCAUAAAGGACUCUCCAAAGCCACCACCAGAAAGGAUUACAUUCACUUUACCUGUAAUCAAUUCAUCUUCUUAUGUUGCAAUGGUGGUUGCUGGAGCUGGGAAAGCUGGUGUUGUUGGUAAAGCUCUGGGCAAUGAGAAAACCGCUGAUUUGCUGCCUGUUGAGAUGAUUUCCCUUGAAGAUGGAGAGUUGACAUGGUUCGCUGAUAAUGCAGCAGUCUCAAUGCUCCCAGAUAAGCCAAGCCUGUAGACACUUAAUGUAUGCUUUUGAUGUUCCAUUUAUCUGGAUAAUGAUCUGGGAAAUCAUUUGUCUAGAUAAUUCCAGAUACUUUUAUUUUGAGAAUCUAGUUAUGAUUUGUCUUUUCA